GCAGCGACGGCGGCUGCAGAAGAUGGCCGAUUUUCUGAAAGGAUUGCCCGUCUACAACAAAAGCAAUUUUAGCCGAUUCCAUGCUGACUCUGUGUGCAAAGCUUUGAACCGACGCCCCUCAGUCUACCUGCCCACUCGGGAGUACCCAUCUGAGCAAAUCAUUGUGACGAAGACCAAGAUCCUCCUGCGCUACCUGCAUCAGCAAUGGGACAAAAAGAACGCUGCCAAGAAGCGAGAUCAGGAGCAAGUGGACCUGGAGGGGGAGAGCUCAGCUACCCCCCCCCCCAUCACACGCACCGACAGCCAGGACAUGCACGAGGACACUUAG